AUGCCUGUCGACAGAACACUGCCCGCUACUCCAGGAUCAGCUUCAGCUCCAGAAGAUCAACAGGAUCAGCAUGCCAAUAAUAUGGAAAGAUCAGCUCAACAUACUAGCAACGAGCUGAAAAAUUCAGGUGAGUCUGGUGAAAUCAAUGCCAACGAAUUUCGUCUUCUGAAGCUUCCGAUUUUCUGGCAUAAACAACCAAAGCUCUGGUUUACUCAACUCAAGAGCGAAUUUUUGGUUUUUCGAAUUCGUUCGGAUGAUAUCAAAUAUAGCACAAUAAUAAGACAUCUUGACGAACAAGCUCUUUUAAUAGUUGCUGAGAUAAUUGAGAGACCACCUGAAAAAGAUAAAUAUGUAAAUUUAAAGAAUCUUCUUAUUAAUCGUUUUACUGAUUCUGAUGACAAACGGCUUAGACAAUUAUUGGCUGGUAUUGAAUUGAAUGAUAAGAAACCAUUACCUUGUCGUGUUCAAGCAACUUUAGCAGUUAUUGAAGGUAGUCCUCUGAUUAAGUUGGCCGAUUUAGCUGAUAAAAUCAUGGAUCGGGAGUCUGGACUUCAAGUUGCUACAAUAACUCCUUCAACUGAGCCUUGUGUUGCUAAAUCUUGUGAUCUCGCCGAUCUUGAACGUAGAAUUUCAGCUUUAGUGGUCAAGCGUUCUAGAGAUAGUGAACCAGGAAAACUAGAUGUUCCGUUGAAGGUGGAGACGGCUGUCAACGGUUCACCCAACAAUCGUCUCGUUAUCACCGAUAAAUAUUCAGGCCUUAAUUUUUUGAUAGAUACAGGAACUGACAUAUCUCUGGUUUCAAAAAGAGUUUUCAAAUGGAAAUUUUGUAUUGCAAGUAUUCAACGACCUAUUUUAGGAGCAGACUUUUUGAGUCAUUAUGUAUUAUUGGUUGACAUGAAACGUAGACAAUUGAUUGAUACUAUUACUAGUUUAACUUACAAAGAAAAGUUGUCAAGAAUUAAUCAUUUGACAGUCUGUACAACUUCACCAGAUUUACCUUUCCAUAAAAUCCUUGCUGAGUUUCCAGAGUUAACUCGUUUUGCUCCAAUUUCAAAUAAUAAAAUACACCAGGUAGAACAUCAUAUCAUCGUCAAAGGUUCUCCUGCUGCUUCGACUCCUCGACGAUUAUCUCCUGAGAAAUUGAAGUUCCCAAGAGAUGAAUUUAAUACAAUGAUGGAGCAAGGAAUUUGUCGACCAUCGAGUAGCUCUUGGGCGACUCCGCUUCAUAUGGUUCCUAAGGGUGGAUCAAAUUCUUGGCGACUUUGUGGAGAUUAUCGUGCUUUGAAUGCAGCCACUAUUCUGGAUAGAUAUCCUCUUCCACACAUUCAAGAUUUUACUGCAGAUCUACACGAAAAGAACAUAUUUUCCAAAAUAGAUCUUGUAAAAGCCUACUAUCAAGUUCCUGUUGCAAAAGAAGAUAUACCGAAAACUGCUGUGACUACUUCUUUUGGACUCUUUAAAUUUCUGGUAAUGCCUUUUGGUCUUCGAAACACUGCUCAGACCUUCCAACAUUUAAUGAAUAGUAUUCUUUCUGGUCUUGACUUUUGUUUCUGUUAUCUGGAUGAUAUUUUGGUGGCCUCGUCCAAUGAAAGUGAUCAUUUCAAGCAUCUGCAUACUGUUUUUACACGUCUGAAACAAUUUGGGUAUCUCUUCGGAUAUGAACCAAAUGACCAACAGUAUCGAAAAGUGGAUGUAGCACGGACAUGA